AUGACUGAGCAAUCCCUGGAAUUGCAGACUCUCGUGUACUCUGUCUUCAACGAAUUUCAUAAAGCAUUUGAAAACGUCAACAGAGAUGUUAUCUGGAGACUGGUGCAAUACCAUGGCUUUCCACCAAAGUUCAUCACUAUUAUCCAACAACUAUAUGAAGAUGCCACCUGCCAGGUCAUCCAUGACAGGAAGCUGACGGAAGCCUUCUCCAUACAUACCGGCGUGCGUCAGGGCUGGCCGCUAUCGCCAAUGAUUCUCCUGUUGACGGUCACCUGGAUAAUGCGGCAGGCGGCGGUCAGUACCACUGGCAUUCAGUGGAUCUUCACGAACCAGCUGGAAGAUGUGAAUGUCGCAGACGACAACAGCGUUCUCUUUCACAAGAUGCACAAGAGAAGAUAUGUCGUGCUGUAG